AUGAUGCCAGUGAGAGCGGAAGCCCUCACUGAAGAAGAUGAUGCCAGUGAGAGUGCGGAAGCCCUCACUGAAGACAAUGAUCCCAGCGAGAGUGCGGAAGCCCUCACUGAAGAAAAGGUUGUUGUUGCUGCAGUGCGCUCACAGCACACUGAAGCUAACGAGUCAUCAGAUGAGUUCAUACUGGCUCGUGAAACGGUAGUCCGUUUUGUGCAAGACUCCAUCGCCGAAGCGGUGGAUAAGCAAAAGCAAAACGCUGACAAGAAUGGAAGGGCAAACACUCUUGUAUUUUACAAAGGUGACUUAGUCCUACUGUCUACGAUUAAUCUACCAAAGCAUGUAGUGACUAACUUGGGUAGCAGUAAACUACUACCCAAGUACAUUGGCCCAUUUCGUGUUUGCAUCGCCUAG